AUGGACCUGUUUCGGGAACUGGGAAAUCCUUGGGAUCAGCAAUUUAAUCACUCUACUGAGAAUCACAUGCACGAAGUUAACAACGAGGACAUGGAGUUUCUAAUGGAUACUGCUUACAAUGGAGAACCCGCCAUUACGAGGGCCCAGCACUUCUCUGCAGCUUUAGAAGCGCUGAAUUCGAAUAGCAGAGGAGCUGGUCCUGGUGGAGCUGCCAUUAACACCGGCUCAUCGCUCACUGGAUUUCUCGACGGAAAAUCUUAUGGAAGAAAGGAUUCCGCACCUUGGCAGCAAAAUGUCAAAUCGGUCGAUCCAGACCACGAGGGAAAGGUGCAGCCCAUCGGCGAUGUAGCAGAAAUCGACAGCCUCAAACUUUCUAGUGCAUCCAGUGGUCAUUCUGCUCGAGAGUAUCCGAAGAGAUUUCUCCAUGCUGGUCAUGGUUUUGCGGAACCGAAGUACUUUGAGAACGCAACGCAGUACGCUUCACUGCAUCAUGUCAAUGUCUCCGGCCCAUCUAGCCCUACUUUGUCUAUUUCUUAUAGUGAUGAACAAGAACAUUACUUUGAGCAAAUUGAGAACAUGCUUAGGACUCGCAGGCCGUCACAGCUUGAUAGCAUCAAUCAGGCUUCGGUCACCAGCGGCUUUGCGUCAUCGUUACCCCCUUACGAUAGCAGAAGUCAUCACGCGGAGGACGUGCCCGAAUAUUCACCCGAGCAAUUCCAAUCAUUCUUCCAGAAUAAUACUCCUUCCAUGUCAGCUUUAACCGAGGAGCGCUUCGAUAAAGAGAGUCUUCGAGCGGCGCGUUCCUGUGAUACUCCUCGAAGCCGAGCCACUGGCUCAAGUUCGAAUCAGAAAGCUAUUCGCCCAGCAAGAUCGAUCAUUGAACAACUCUCGGAGGCGGAUGAAUGCUUUGCUAGAACGGACCCCCGCUUCUCAGAUGACGGCCUGCAAGCGUCACUGGUCAACACAAACCCAGGUACCCCACUUUCUGGAAGUCCCGCUUCAGAGACCUUUCUCCACAUGAUUCAGCCGUUGCGUCCAAGACAUCAUCAUGAUUCAGUCGAGAAUACACCCGCUAUCAACAUCGACAAGAGUCUUCCGCCUCUACCUGAAGCGCAGAGGUGCUAUUACGAGGUCCACUCAGGUCGUUUCCGGGACAAUGAUUCUACGCUUUUGAGGAACUCUAAUCCAUCAGCUCCUUCUGGCAACUUUCCUCAUUUGAGUUACGACUCUUCAAUUUCGUCUGUGCCCUCCGAAAAGCUAUCAUCAAUUAUUCCCCCUUCCAGUGGCUUCUCUCCAAUCACAGUCGCAUCGGUAUCGUGGGAUCCAUCACGCCCUAUGGCGUCUCUCGCUGAUCCGGCGCAGAUGAUUUAUCCUGCAGUCCUUCAAUUUCAGCUAUCUGCUCCUCCUGCUGAGCAAGCAUCUCAUCCUGCUACCAAACCCGCCUCAUACCGCAGCGAAGAGAUAUCCGUUCAAAGACGUCCUUCUCGCGAAACAAUGGCUGCAUAUGCUCGCGCGGUCGAAGAUGUGCACGAUCUCGAGCGUAUCAGCGACGAUGAGAAAGAAGAAGAAGAAGAGCCAGAUCCAGCGUAUCCCAAGAAUUGGACAAGCACGCUUCGCAAACGCGGUGUUCCUUGGCAGCCGGUCGGUCUGCGAAUGGGACCUCGGCCAACCAGCUCGGUUUACUCAAUGUAUUCUGGAACCUCGAUGGUCUUGGGAUGCGCUGACGGCGCUGCCGGCUUUAAAGAAGCUGUCAGUGUCGGAGGAGCCGCAGAGGGCCAUGGGACACCGAAUGGAGAUAGGACUCGUUACGGCAGUAGCGGUUGUGGUCGCGGUGACAAUUUUGCAAGUUGGUUCGAGGAGGCAAGGAGAUCUACUGAAACUUGCAAGGACUACCAACCUGUGUUCCCGUCGCAUAGUCCGAUGGCUCUAAUGCCCAACCGGCGGAAUGGAUUAAAGUCGUCAAUGUCAAAGCUUCAACUAAAGGCACAUGCAAGCGUGCUUGAUAUCAAGACCGCGGCGAAUAAUGUUCGGGACAAUAUCAAAGACAAGAGGUACGAUGAUUACAACAGGAUUUGCAAGAUAGCAUCGCCCACAUGGACACCCGUUCCGGAAUCAAGUUUCCCCGAAAUGCUUUCGGGAAAAGGAGCAAGUGUUCACAAAGAAUCUAAUGCCUUGGAGCAUCAGCAAAUGUGCUCUGAGAAUGGAUACAGCAAAAAGUACACGCAAGAUAUGAUGGAUGAAGUGCGCUUUCAGUUUUUCAUAUAA